GUAGCGCUUUUUUCCCAGGGAUGAAGACUAGUUGGCCAACCUUUAAUUUUUCUGUGGAGUCCGGAAGCGGGUGUCCCCGUGUUGCAAAUCGGAAUUUAUAAACAGGGCUCUCCUUGAGAUGUUCUCAGGAUAUCAGGAGCGGGAUGACUAUGAGGACGAGCUGUACCGAGAUGAUGCGGACUCGAGUUUGUCUGACACUGACAGUGACCUGGAGUUCCGGCUUUAUUCCCAGCUGCACUACAGCGCUGAGAUCCAGGAGGACCGUGAGGACUCAAGAGAGGUCCAGUCAUCAGUACCACAGACUCAAACACAGCAGAAUUCCUUGCCUCCUGCUCCACCUGUAGAUGUUAUUGUGAUUGACUCUGGCACAGAUGCCAUCACGGUGUCAGACAACACAGAAGAAGAUGAGAGCGUCUGUGCUAACAAAGGUCAAUCAUCAAAACGCUGUAACAGGAAGUUGCAACCACAUCCACCAUACGUUCAAGCAGGAAGAACCUCCCCAGAUGAUAUUGUGGUGUUGGAUUCUGAAUCAGAUGACAGCUCUUCUGAAUCUGCAGAAUCUGUAGCUCCUUUUGUGGCGGAUCUGGAUUCAGACUCAGAUGGGCUGGAGAACUGGAUGAUUCUGGGCCAGGCCAAACAGGAUGGAGAUCAGAGCAUCCAGCUCAACCUCUCCUUACCAGAAAAUGCAAAUUAUGAAGAGAAUAAACAGAGCUGGGCUGUAUCAGAUAAGGAUAAAUGGGCGCAGAUCUGUAAUAAAGGGGUUGGCCCGAGGCGCGUCUCAAACCGCUACUACGCUGAAAAAACCAUCACGUGCCACAACUGUGGAAAGUUCGGCCAUCUCUCCAAAAACUGCACUACACCACGGAAGUUGCCGUGUUGCUCGUUAUGUGGGCUUCAGGGACACUUACUGAGGACCUGUCCGAACCGUCACUGUUCUAACUGCUUGCUGCCCGGCCACACCUAUGACGACUGUCUGGAGAGAGCUUACUGGCACAAGCGCUGCCACCGUUGUGGCAUGACUGGACACUUCUUUGACGCCUGCCCAGAAAUCUGGAGACAGUUCCACAUUACGACCACGAUGGGACCUCUCUGCCAACCCAGUGAUCCAAAUGCCUGCAGGAAACCUGCCUACUGUUAUAACUGCUCUAAGAAAGGACAUUUCGGCCAUGAAUGCACUGAGAGGAGAAUGUACAAUUGGUCGUAUCCCUCCCUGCCAUUUAUUUCCUAUUAUGACACAAAGCAUGACUUCGAAAGCCGUAAAUUUCGAAUCAAAAAGAAAGCCAAAGAACUUCAGGAAGCCGGAUUGAUUUCACCUGACGGAGCUGUAGUCACAAAUACCCCACAACCGCCCAGAAAGAAACAAAAAACCAGUCACAACCAGUCUCCAUACCCACACAACAACCAGCACACACCGAAGAGACGCAUCGCACACACACCCAAACACCAUCCGCAAGCACACAAACAGAACACAAACUUGAAUGUCAAGCAGAACUCACAAACACCAGGGAAGUACGGCAAACACACCCCUCAGAGCAAGUCCAAACCGCAAGAGCAAAGCCAGAAGGAAGCCAAAAAGAUGAAAAAGAAAACACAAUCUCAAGCUAUAGUUUUAGAUGAAGAUGCAGACUUUCCUAGAGGCUGCAAAAAGAGCCCUCACACGACAAAAGCUUUUUCAUCGCAUCGGAAAGGCGACGCGAAGCCGAAGAAGCCCUUUGGAACAGAAAAGAACAAUAAAAAGAAAGCAGACAAAAUAUCGAAAAAGAAGGAGAGAACGUGGAAAAAGAGACAACAAAAAGCUGCAAAAGAUUCGUCCAUGUAUCCCUCAGAUGAAAACCUUUUUCUGAUUAAGCAAAGAAAGGUGUGAAGAUUAUGUGAAUAGGACAUCAGCUGAUUUAAAAUGAGAGUGAAAAGAUGGUCGGAUGAUUACACCCCCUACUGGUGGUUGGUUUUGGUCAAUCUUCCUCCAAUCCACACGGAUUUGUGUACAGAACUAGGGCUUUUUAGGAUUGUUUUUGGAAAAAUAAAAACUCUACACAAAUCACCUAAAUAUAAUGUUAUUCAUAAACUGAUUGGACAUUAAAAAGUGUAUAAUUUAGUGAAAAAAUUCAUAUGUUUAGCAAACAUCAGGUAUUUUAAAAGCAGGUGUCCUGCUUGUACAUGGCAAGUGUAUAGAGCUUUUUAUUUUACGUAUAUGCUCACUUCUGUAACCUCAUAAUUAAAGUCUGUUUGUUUUGA